AUGUUAUUUAUCUUAUUGCUUAUGAAUAUAAUCAACGCAGAUAGCAAGGAGGUGAGUAAGCCGUAUGUGGUUCUUCCUGUACCUUUGGGACUACCAUUUAGAAAUGAGCGCGCUGAACAGUGUUGGUUAAGAAUAGAAGACGUGGAAUUACUAGAAACGGUCGCAGUCUAUUGCUAUGUAGCCCAGUCGUUUCUCCGGAACCACAUCUACGACUAUAACUCCAGGAAAAUGCUCGAAGACGACGUUGACGUGAGCUUAUGGAGCGAGGAGCCGAGGAAUCAAGAGGAGAUAGCCUUGAAGCCGACCAGCCAGAAGUCCAGCGUAAUUGAUUGGAAAAUUACGACCAUACUCGAUCCUAUAACUCGAAUGCGCUUGUAUGUGAGCCGUCAAGCUGAUUGUAAGCUUAUAAUGUAUAGUAGGGAAGCAGAAACAAGCUAUAAGGUGGACUGCGAUAAAGUUUUAUUCUUCGUUAAUGAUCGGAUGACAAACAAUGCGCAGUUACACGACGGACGAACGAAAUUAUCAGCAAUCAUGUUAAUUGCAAUUACACUUCUGGUUUUAUAG